CAUAACAUUGCAAAACAAACUGAAAUUAUGUGUCAACACAAUCUGUUUGAAAUGAUCGCAAGAACCCUUUUCACAGCUUCUAAAUAACACGGCUCUUCUUGUUUAGUUGGUUUGAUGAGGAGAACGUAAGAAGACGUCUGUUAUUGCUACGGACAUCAUCAGGUGGAAAUGACAGCUGUCGCAUUUAUAGACAGAUUGUAGGAGGUCGAGAUUUCUUUUUGUGAGACUAAAAUGGCGGGUUUUCUUGACUUACCCGAUGAAGUACUUUUGUAUAUCCUGAGUUUGCUAAGAAUAUCAGAGAUUGGUUGCAUUGCCCAAGUAAGCAGAAGGCUCAAUGCACUGAUUGGUCAAGAUGCUGCAUGGCGACCAAUCAGCAGACAACUUAUCAAUAUUCAGGAGGAUGAAAAAACAAGAGAAAACUGUGGCCACAAAAUUGGACGCAGACAGAAGUCCUUGAAGGAAAUGUGUAGGAUCUCCCUCAACUGGACCAGAGGAAACAAAAAGGAAAAUAUUCUUUCUAAAUUUAAAACUCGGUAUUUACCCUGGCUUCAACUAGACGGCCAACAACUGUACAUGAGUCAAGGGGAGAAAGUCCACAGUUUCCGACUGCAUGAUAAUGGCAGUAUAUACAAGAAACCAUUAGUUUCCUUCCAUGGUCAGCUGAAUGACGUCACACAGUUUGUUGUCAAGAAGGAUAGACUUCUCACAGCAGGAUGUGACGCAAGGUUCCUCUUGUAUAGCAAGUACACCGGUGCCCUGUUGAACUGUUACCAGCCAGACGAGCAGCGUAUAUCAGGUUUAAAUAUCAUGUGCGUCGACAUGACGGACGACGUGAUUGUUGGGGGAGUAAACGAUAAAUCAAUCACCCUUUGGAGAUGUAAUUGCCAACAGCCGAUGAGGUCCAUCACAAUGUCGGAUACUGUCAGGUCACUGCGUACAAGUCCAAGCCAAAGAUCUUUUGCAAGUGGCUCUUCAGCAGUAGCCGAUCGACAACCGAUAAAAAUAUGGGAUAUAGAGAGUGGUAAACAGAUUAUGACGAUUGGACGUAAUUGGCGCCAUGGUGCCGGUAUACUACACAUGCAAUAUGAGUCACCAGACACACUACUCUCUGCUGGUUAUGAUACCUUUGUAAGAAUGUGGGAUCUCAGGACAAACUGUAUAUUACCGGUCAUUGAAUUGGAAGAUCCACACGACUACACUGUGUACUGUAUUCAGUCUGACGGCAAAUAUCUGAUCGCUAGCGGUACAGCGCUAUGGGGUGUGGCCAGACUCUGGGAUAAACGCAUGAAUAAAACAUUACAGAGUUUCUUCAUCGGGCGAGGGAGCAAUAGUCCAGUCUAUAGCCUUCAGUUUAACACUACUCACAUGUACGUUGCUUUAUCAAACUCACUCAGGGCUUUGAGUUUCACUGGGAGGUGAUACAUGGAGUUAACUUUUGGUGACAAUAUCUUGCACUCAGGAAAAUUACAGCUGGAAACAGGCGCUCCAGCAUCGCGCCAAACCAAACUAUCAAAUUAAGUACUUGAACAGUUUUGAGUGUAUCUGAAAGUCAAUACAGUGUUGGCCUAUACAUUGCUAUAUGGGGGGACAGAAUAUCUGGCGGACGGAUUUCCGUGGGACACCUAAACUACCGAUUCUCAACUGAUGAAAACCACCAUACUCACUGUGACUCACUAAAGGCAAUGGACACUAUUGGUAAUUACUCAAAAUAAUUAUUAGCAUAAAACCUUACUUGCAAAAAAUAG